AUGGCCGGCGAGUUCUUCAACAGCUGGGCGCUGUGGCAGAAGAUGACCUUUGUCCUUGCUUGUCUCAUUGUCGCCACUAUCCUUGCUGGUUGCCUGAAACUGGCAUGGAUCAACCACAAGAACAAGCACUACAUCGCUGUAGCAGCUCAGAAGCAGGAGCAAGCUCAUUUAGCACCGCAAACCGUGGAGAGGCAGACCAACGAAGACGAGGAGAAGGCGAUACCUUUUGGCAUCCGGGCUAUUGAAAGCGGAAUUGAGGUCGAAGGACCUCCGGCACCGGACUUCCCCAACCAGCGGCGUCACAGCUCCUACAUCCGUCGUUAUCUCGGCCAAGCCGCUCGCGCUCGAAGGAACCGAGCUUUCCCGAACCUGCUGCCGCUGGACAAGGCUCAGCAUCAAGCAGUAGGGCAUCUUCACCCACACAUUCUUCAUCUGCUGCGCCACCUGCCCGGCAGCAUAGGCGUCCUCCAUCUUCUUUCUGAUGAGGGCGGCACAUCGAAGAGGAAGUCCGAAUCCUUGCGGACAUCAAGCAGCGCCAGCGACUAUGAGCAUAUACCUGCUUUCCAGUUCACCAAAGAGAGCCCGACCCUGGAUUCAUCAGACCCCGCCUCUGUCAGUUCACAAAUCCGUCCCGGCGACAGGGGUCUCAGCCUCGACCUACUGCAAAGCCAUCGUCUAUCACACGUUGCCGAAACUGGGCAGCUUACACCCCGUGUUCGGCACCCUCGACCUGGCUCCGGACUUACUCCUACGCAUGGUUCUGAAGGUGGCUCUGGUAGCGCUGUAGACACUACAAAGGUUAAUGCUGUCAAGCCUGAUGCGGUUGACCACACAUGGCCCAAACGGAAUGGUUCCUCAAGCUCGGAGACCUCUGCGAAAAGCACACUGGAUCACUCUGUCUCAACACCGCCUUCCUCGCCUUCUUCAUCUACGCCCACACAGCCAUCGCCAUAUGCACCCCUGCAUUUCUCGUACGAGGAGGACAUGGCAGACACUUCCCUUCCUGUGCAAACCGCACAGAAUCAAAGGAUGUCUCAGGUCCUCCGCAAAGUGAACUCUGGGUUCGAGAUUCUCCGACCAGGCACUCUAGGACCUAAUCCAGUGGACAUGUCCCUCGACGUCGAUCUUGAGGCUGGAGAAAAGCGUCAGCAAAGACGUCUGCAGAAGAAGCGGAGGACGUCCUCGGACCACAAGUCGUUCAUCGCUGCCGAGAGGAGCUAA